AACGCGGAGAACAGAAAAACAAGAAAGGUCACGGAGAGAAACGAAAGUGCGAGAGAGUUCGCGGCGAAGGGCAGAAAAGAGGACGGAAAAUUGCUGGGUUUUGUUGGGUGAUUGAUUUUAGAGCACUGUAAAGGCUUGCGAAACGUUCUCUCUGUCGUUGUGGGAUUUUGGUGGGUGAAGUAAAAAUGGUGGCUGAAGCAGAGGUAGUGGUUUGUCAGCAGAGCGUCGGCGUCCCGCCGGCGCUGGAUGUUCAGUUCUUUGCUAAAGCAGUGAGUAGCGGUGGUGGCGGCUUGCAUCAGGCUGAUUUAAUCUCGCCGACGAGGUUGACCGGCCCAAUUCGAGUCUCAGACUCCGCUGAUUUGUCGGCCUCUACAGAGGAUGUUAAGCCCAUGCAUAAGGUUCUGGAUGAAGUUCUUGAGGCAGAAGGAUUGCAAUUUGUUCCCAGCAUCCGCUCUGGUAGUUUUUCUGAUAUUGGUCCUCGAAGGUACAUGGAAGAUGAGCAUAUACGAGUAGAUGAUUUAAGCACGCAAUUGGGCUCAUUGUUCUCGUUUCCAAAGCCAAGUGCUUUCUAUGGGGUCUUUGAUGGCCAUGGAGGACCCGAAGCCGCAGCUUACAUAAGGAAAAAUGUCAUGAGGUUCUUCUUUGAAGAUGUCAACUUCCCACAGAGAUCUGAAGUGGAUACCAUCUUUCUUGAAGAGGCAGAAAAUUCGCUUAGGAAAGCUUUCCUUCUUGCGGAUCUGGCUUUGGUAGAGGAGGGCGGUGUGAGCAGCUCUUCUGGGACAACAGCAAUUGCUGCAUUUAUAUUUGAAAGGCUCCUUCUGGUUGCCAAUGCCGGUGAUUGCAGAGCAGUUCUCUGCCGGAAAGGGGAAGCCAUCGACAUGUCUCAAGAUCACCGGCCCAUUUAUCCUUCCGAAAAAAGGAGGGUCGAACAAUUGGGCGGAUACAUCGACGAUGGUUACCUUAACGGUGUGUUAUCGGUCUCACGAGCACUUGGUGAUUGGGACAUGAAACUACCCUGUGGCUCUCGGUCUCCUCUCAUAUCAGAGCCAGAGUUCCGUCAAGUGGUUCUCACUGAGGAAGACGAGUUUCUUGUUAUUGGUUGCGACGGUAUAUGGGAUGUCAUGUCAAGUCAGCAUGCAGUGAGUCUCGUCAGGCGUGGACUGCGUCGGCAUGAUGACCCGGAACAGUGUGCCAAGGACCUUGUCAUGGAGGCAUUCCGCCGCAACACCUUUGACAACCUCACUGUGAUCAUUGUCUGCUUCUCGUCCCCUGAUCAUCGGGAAUCCAUGUCGCCUGUAAGGCAACGAAGGCCGAGGUGCUGUAGCCUAUCUGUGGAUGCUUUGUGUAGCUUGAGAAACUUGCUGGAUGGGAAUGGCAAUCCUUGAAGGUAUAAAUCAGCGCGAUGUACAUUCUUCGUCCGGUAAAUUUAUGAAUUCUCAUUAGGAGGAUAGAGUUGACCGUUUUACGGCCCUGCUUCAUUUGGAUGGUACCAGGCGAGAAGGUUGAGCACAUGCAAAUAAUAAGGAGCUUGCAGUUCUGUAGGUUUUGUUGUGGUUACUUGUCGAAUUCUACAGGUUUUGAUAUUUUCUUGAACAGCAGGGUCAAGUGGAUUGGUGUAAAUAGAUUGGGUCUGCUGAUGUAAAAUGUUGUACUGUAUAUUUACACUAGUUUGCAAUGGCUUAUCCUCUAAUCUGGCCAAACGAUUUUCUACCAAAAGAA